UUUGCGCACUGGUGCUUCAGCCGGUACCGCACUGUAGCGGUGGUGGCUCUUGGCGUGCGGCCGGCGCCCCAGACAGCCGUAGUGCUGUGCUGGCGACCCGGACUUCGGGCCUCUGCGGACCUCAGUGGUGGGACCGCAUCCCUCCCGGCGGGGAUGGGAGGCGAGGCGAGGUCCACGGCGGCCGUGGGCUUCGAGGGCCGCGUGAAGAGUCUGGGUCUGGUGUUCGAGGAUGAGCGCAAGGGCUGCUACUCCAGCGGCGAGACGGUGGCCGGGCACGUGCUGCUGGAGGCGGCCGAGCCGGUGGCCCUUCGCGCGCUGCGUCUGGAGGCCCAGGGCCGAGCCACCGCCGCCUGGGGCCCGAGCGCCGGCGCCCGCGUGUCGGCCGGCGGCGCGGUCCCCGCCGCCUCGGAGGUGGAGUACCUGAAUGUGCGCCUGAGCCUGCGCGAGCCCCCGGCGGGUGAAGGCAUCAUUUUACUACAACCUGGAAAACAUGAAUUUCCAUUUCGCUUUCAGCUUCCAUCCGAACCCUUGGUAACCUCGUUUACUGGAAAAUAUGGAAGUAUUCAGUAUUCUGUGAGGGCAGUUUUGGAACGACCGAUGGUACCAGAUCAGAGUGUAAGACGGGAGCUCCAGGUCGUUAGUCAUGUCAAUGUCAACACACCAGCAUUGUUGACCCCUGUAUUGAAAACUCAAGAGAAAAUGGUUGGCUGUUGGUUUUUCACUUCUGGUCCAGUCUCGCUGAGUGCCAAAAUUGAAAGAAAGGGAUACUGUAAUGGAGAAGCUAUUCCAAUCUAUGCAGAAAUAGAGAAUUGUUCAUCUCGUCUGAUUGUUCCCAAAGCCGCUAUUUACCAAACCCAGACAUAUUUGGCUAGUGGAAAAACAAAGACUGUCCGUCAUAUGGUUGCCAACGUUCGAGGGAACCACAUCGCCUCCGGGAGCACGGACACGUGGAACGGGAAAACUCUCAAGAUCCCACCUGUCACUCCAUCCAUCCUGGACUGCUGCAUCAUCAGAGUAGACUACUCCUUAGCUGUAUACAUUCACAUUCCUGGUGCUAAAAAGUUGAUGCUCGAGUUGCCAUUAGUGAUUGGUACAAUUCCAUACAACGGUUUUGGCAGCAGAAACUCCAGUGUUGCCAGCCAGUUCAGUAUGGACAUGAGCUGGUUGACGCUGACCCUGCCUGAACAGCCUGAAGCACCACCAAAUUAUGCAGAUGUGGUAUCUGAGGAAGAAUUCUCCAGACAUGUUCCUCCGUACCCUCGGCCUCCUGACUGUGAGGGUGAAGCCUGCUGCCCUAUGUUUGCCUGCAUACAGGAAUUCCGGUUCCAGCCCCCACCUCUUUAUUCAGAGAUUGAUCCACAUCCUGCUGAUUUAGAAGAGACCCAAGAAACCCAGCCUGUUUCCUUCAUUCUUUAAAUAUAUUUCAGAAAUCACUGUGUUCAUCAUCCAGUUAGACUGUUAGUUUUUUCAAGAAAGUAAGAACUUUCUAUUGGGCCAACAGGAUGGUUGCCCAAGUUUAUAUGAUGGUAAUAUGUCCCCUUUAAAACCUGGAAUGAGGAUGUGAAGAGUCAGAGAAUGUACUGGAGGUCGUGAUGGCGAUAGAGCAGGUGAAGGAGUGCUGUGCUGAUGGAGAGACAGUACUCUAAAGAGUGGAAAUGCCACAUGAAUAUGCCUUUACAAGGGUUUCUCACAGUGGAACAAGAGUCCUGAACUUGAAGUGGUGUGACUCGCUGGGAAGUGACUUGAUUUGGGGGAGUAUGGCAGUGUUGAAAUGCACACAGAGUGAGACCCUUAGGCUUCAGGGUCUUCAUGAUUUCUUACCAUGUUACCAUAUCAAGAACCAGUGUCUCUGGAAGUGUCCUUUCUUGAAAUUAUACUCAUGUAAGGUCCUAAUGACAAAAUAUGGUUUCCACCCUUUUCAAUAGUAGGUUAAAAUGUACUUUGUAAACAGUAUUAGGAAAUCUAGAAAGGUUUCUUUGACAAGCUUGCCACAUCAAAGAGGAAAGACAAAUUUUAACAUGAAAAUGUAUUCUGUGGAAGGCUAUACUUUUUAACCUAAAGUACUUUAACAGAUAUCUGUUUGAUUUUCCUUAUAUCUCAUUUACCUAAGGGAACAUUAAAAAAAAAGAAGGGAUGAGUUUACAUCCUCAGGAUGCCUUGAUAACUACACAUUAAAAAAUUUUUUUUCUUAACCUACCUCCAGUGGGGUUAUCAGAUAAGUUCUUACAUCUCCAGAUCUGAUCAUCCUUCUUUGGACUGUCUGCUAUUUAUAGUAGCAGAUUUCUCUCACCUAUUGCUAGAUCUGAAACUAGAUCAAGGGGAAAAUCCUUAAGUUUUGAAUUAAAUGAAAAUAAACAUGUAUACCUAGGGAUAUUUCAAAAUAAAUGUAAACUCAAAAAGAGGUAGCAACAACAUAGUUAAAAAAGACAUAAACUUAAUUCUUGUUAAAAGGCUUAAGUCAACUGAUGGCAGUUAUGAGUUAUACAUUAUUAUUCCAAUUCUCUAGUAAUUCUAUUCAAACUGUGAUUUUUUUUAUGAUUUUGGUGCAAUAUUUUUUUGUUUUCUAACCUCAGGAUAUUUAAGACCAACAGGAUUGUGUUUCUGCUGGAAGCUUGAGCAGUGUUUAUACUGCCCACCCUCCCCUUGUGUUCAUGGCCCGUGCUCACUCACUUCUCCUUCAGUCUGUCAGUUUUGUGAGCUGAGAAAAUUUCUGUGCACUAAGUGGAGGGAGAUAGGGGUUCUCCUGACAGAGAUUUUGGACCAGCAGAAUCCUAAGGGUUUGAUCUAGAAACCCUGGUGCUUCCCAGGCAGACUACUGUGCUUCACUCAGCAGAGUGACUAACUUAACCUUUCAAUCAGUAUGUUUACCCAGAAAUAGAAAAAUUCUUCCAUGGUUACAUUUUUUGUUUAAACAUCAGUUGGCCAUUUGAUCAGGGAUUUUCUACAAACAUUAGGUAAAUGUAUGCUUUUCACCCUGAGCACAGUGCUCUUCUCUGUGUCAUGGAAGCCUCAAACAUACUUCUUUCAAUAGAAGCCACUGUUUCCAAAUCACAACGCCAAACAGUUAUAACAGUAAUUGUGGGACUGGAAUUGUCACAAAACUUUAUUCCUCGCUUUGUUUUUCAUUUUGAUGAGUGUGUGUGUGUGUGUGUGUGUGUGUGUGUGUGUGUGCGCGCGUGCGUGUGCGCGCGCAUGCGCGUGUACUGUUGGACAGCUUUAUUUUUAUUUAAGGAAAGAUCCUCUCCAGUUGUCUGUCGACUUCCCGGGUAUAGUUUACGUGCUGUGUCCAGACAGUACCCAUCUCCAUGAAACCAAAACAAAGGGAAACAAAUAGCAUGGGCAGAGAAAAAGUUGAAUUAUUUAGGUCUAGUUACAAAACCCACCAUUUGGUGGAAUCUUUCAUUAGGAUUGCUUUAUCCCUUUGAUCAGAGAAAUCAUGAAGUCUCCUGUGAAACUGAAGCAAAGUUAACUUUGUAGCACUUAAAGAGUACAGCUCAAAGAUGUGGCCUGAUGUUGGCCCAUCUGACCUGAAGCAGCAAGGGGAAACUGCAUACCUUUUUAUAAGCAAGAUAUCAUUUUGCGAAUGUUGAAAACUGUAUUGCAACAACAAAAACCUGUGAAUGAAGAUAAAAAUUUAGCUGCUAUGAUUUAUUUGCCUGUUUAUUCCCCUCUUGCUCUUGUUUAGUUUGGAAAAAUAAAAGUGGCCUUAGAAUUUUCUUUUUGAUGCAAAAAACUUGAAGGUUUGAAUUUUUUGGCACACAGAAUCUUUCCUUCCCUGGGCAAAACUUUACUUUUGUGUUUUUGUUUUGCACAAUAAGAGACUCAGUAGGCAGGGGUUAUGUUUUUGAUAAAUUAGCUAUGAAAGAUUUUUUUUUAAUUUAUUAAAAAUGUAACAGUUUAGCCCACAGGAAAAAAAUAAAGAUUGUAUUUUGUACUCUUGUUUGAACCCUAUGGGUUCCUUUUGUUAAUAAAAUGGUUAUACUAAUGCUGUGAGUUGCUAACUUGUUCUUGUGUUUGAUUGGAAGACUAAGGUUUAAAUCGUUGUAGAGUUAAUGGGUUGGUGAAGUGGUUCAAGUGGUAGAAUGCCUACCUGGGAAGCAUGAGGCCCAGAGUUAAAACCCCAAUACCAGCAAAAAAUAAUAGUAACUGUGGAGUUAAGGAAAUUUAAUACCAAAAACCACAAUGUGCUGCAUUUAUGAUCAUUUGUGCAUGCUAUCAAGAGGUAAGGCACAGCCAUACAGAUUUUGGGUUUAGGGUUCUUUGGUUUUUUUACA